CGGCGGGGCUACUACAACGGCACCAAAUUCCACAGGAUCAUCAAGGACUUCAUGGUCCAAGGCGGUGACCCAACAGGGACAGGUUCUAGGAUUCAAGGCGUGCGCCUCAUGCUCCAUGCUCCGCUUCGCUCCCUUUCUUGCUCUAAUGAAAUGGACUUUAGUCUGUAACACCAGCGUGCCCAGAGCCCACGCUCAGUGAACGGGAAGCGACUCGGAAAUGAACUGUUGGCGCAGUGCUCGCCUGUCUCUGCAGUUACUCUGCCAUCUUUCCUAAUGUCACAUUUCCAUGAUGUACUUUUAAUGAAAUUGAAGCACUCAAAAGAUUUCCAAUAAUGCCUCAAGCUCAAGUAUAACAAAUGUUUGCGCAGCCUGCCAGCAAGUCUGUGAAAAGCAAGCAGGAGGCGGCCCUCCUAGGCACUAGGUGUGCCUCCCAGCCAACGAAGGACAGCUCUUUGCUAAAUGUCGCAAGCCGCGGUGGCGCAUCCAUCUAUGGGAAACAGUUUGAAGACGAACUUCAUCCAGACCUGAAGUUCACUGGGGCUGGGAUUCUUGCGAUGGCCAAUGCAGGGCCAGACACCAAUGGCAGCCAGUUCUUCGUGACCCUCGCCCCCACUCAGUGGCUGGAUGGCAAACAUACCAUUUUUGGCCGAGUGUGCCAGGGUAUAGGAAUGGUGAAUCGAGUAGGCAUGGUGGAAACAAACUCCCAGGACCGUCCUGUGGAUGACGUGAAGAUCCUUAAGGCGUACCCUUCUGGGUAGAGGAGAUGCUGUCUCGGGCACACCCUGGUCUUCUAAGAUGCUCCUAGUGAGCCAUCUUCUGGAUGACAUAGAGUGCCAUGUGUUGGGGUCAUGCAUAUCGACUCUGACACCCUCUGGACAAGUGAAGCAGAGGGCUCGUCUUUGGGGCGUUUGUAUUCUGGUCAGCAGUCACAGACUUGGAAAGCAGGCGGUGUUGUGGCGCUGACUGUACAGCCCCUUCCAGCCUCCGGCGUGUGCUCUUCCAGGAAUAUGCACAGCUCUCUCUUCUCCCUCGGAGCCUGAGCGUCAACACUGCCGCUUCUGACACUAAACAUCCCACGCAAAGCCAGUUUGAAUUUUUGCCAAAUGAAAAACGCACCCAACAAUUAAAUUGCUAAGAAGAUGUCAAGUGGGGAAUGAUAAUGUAUAAUGAUGGAGAAACGGAUCUUUGAGAUGGAAGCAGAAGCGUUGGCCAUUUGCCCCCUGGGAAGGACUGGCAGUCACUGAACACAAGGCCAGUCCUUCAAGAACCUUGCUUACACACAGUGACAUUUUUAGGGCUUUAGAGAAAGUAGGUAAGAGGUGUUUAUACAUGACAUCUUUGUCUUUUGUCUUUCUGGAUUUGCAGGGGCCAUGGGGGUGACAGGAAGGAUGUUAAUACUUUGUAAUACAUAGACGUUUCCAGAAUAAAGUACCAUUGGUGGCUGAAA